AAGCAUCCCUCUCUGAGCUAGCUACCUCCUCACUUCUUCAGUAGCAUCACCACCACUCUCGGAAGGAGAAUGUCUUGCUGCAGCGGCAAGUGCGGGUGCGGCGCCGGCUGCCAGUGCGGCAGCGGCUGCGGUGGCUGCAAGAUGUUCCCCGACGUUGAGGCUACCGCCGGCGCCGCCGUCAUGGUCAUGCCCACCGCCGCCCACAAGGCCACCUCCGGCGGGUUCGAGAUGGCCGGGGAGGCCGGCGGCUGCGACUGCACCACCUGCAAGUGCGGCACCGCCUGCGGCUGCUCCUGCUGCAGCUGCAAGUGAAGACCGCCGCCCGGCCGGUCGGUCGGCGAGCAUGAGGACAAGGAGGACAACGCCACCACCGCCACCCAGCAGCGUGUCUCACUAGCUGCUGCUAAAUAAAAUAACCACCGUGUGUUCCUUAAUUCUGUACGUGAGUCUCGCGUGUGUCGCCAUGAUCGAUCCAUCCAUGUCCUCCCUCAUGACUCCAGGCUUAAUAUAUGCGCCUCAACUUUGAUCCA